AAAAUAGUAGACCCUCAAUCAGAACCUUGUUAGUAAAGCUCCUGUCAAAACCUAUCAUUCUUUUUCUUCUACUGAUUCUCCUCCUCCGUCCAUGGCUGAAGAACACAGAGAUCUGUACUACCACCUGCCAUAUUACAACGAUCGGCAUGGCUCCGGCACGGCCGGGUUUACAUUCUCCGGCAGCAGUUCUUCUGCAUAUACUCCCCUUGCAGCAGAUUCUUCAUUUCACAAUCUACAAAUGCUUGAUCCUUCGUACAUGAGCUUCACCGAGAUGUUGCAUGGAUCAAAUGAUAAUAACACUCUUGCGGGAGCUUUUGGUUUGUCGAGGACAUCGUCUUCUGAGGCAUUUUCUAGAGUGAAGGAUGAGAAGAAAUCAAUAGUAGUGGGAACUCGAGAUUUUGUGGGUGUUAGCGAAACUCCAGCUACACCUAAUUCUUCAAUAUCCGACUCCUCUACAGAGGCAGUUGGCAAUGAAAAUUCGAGCAAGAACCAGAGAGAAAACCCAAUGAAAGAAGCAAUUGAAGAUGGAGAAGACAUCUCCAAGAAAGAGACUAAAACCAAGAACAAAGGAGAGAAGAAGGAAAAACAGCCGCGAUUUGCUUUCAUGACAAAGAGCGAGGUCGAUCAUCUAGAAGAUGGAUAUAGAUGGAGAAAAUAUGGACAGAAGGCUGUGAAAAAUAGCCCUUAUCCAAGGAGCUAUUACCGGUGCACGACUCAAAAAUGCCCGGUGAAGAAACGCGUUGAGAGGUCAUUUCUAGAUCCUUCAGUCGUGAUCACGACAUAUGAAGGACAACAUAAUCAUCAUGUUCCGGCCACUCUCCGAGGAAAUGUAGCUGGAAUGCUGUCUCCUUCAAUGCUUACACCAUCACUGUCAAUGCAAGAAGGACCUAUAUUUCCUCAAGAAUUUUUACUUCAGAUCCCUCACAUGUACAACUAUGGAGCUGCUGGAAGUACAAGUGGUUUGUAUCAGCAAAAUUUAACACCAUUUGAGCAGCUUCAAAUUCCUGACUACGGGUUAUUACAAGACAUUAUUCCGUCUGCGUUUCCCAAGCAAGAGACCUGAAAAUCUCUGAUUGAAUUCUAACUUCUCUUGAUCCUUAUAUAUGAAUAGCUUUAGCAGACUAUCUUUAUCUUUCUUUCUACCCUAUGCGUCUCUUUUACUUCGAAUAGUAUUGAUUCAAGUUAUGAAUCUGUGAUUUCGUAGUUUUUCCUUAAGAGAAGGCUUUUUAUCUUUUCAGUCUGUAUAAUAUUAACAUUUGCAUGCAAAUUAAUUGUUAAAACUCCCAA